AUGGUCGCGGGCGUAGGUUGUCAUUCAACAACAUUCCAAGAUGAUAACCAGCUCCAAGCACUCUUCAAACGUCUGGAUGUUAACAAAGAUGGGAAGAUAUCCACGUCCGACAUCAUCAGUGUGCUAGAAGAGUUACACGGUAGUAAAAGCCAGGAAAUCUCUGCAUUGGCAGAGAGUUUCUUAAGACGAUGUGGUCUCAACAGUGGUGGGCUUCUGGACUACAAACAUUUCGUGGAUUACGUACGAGAACAUGAUAAACGACUGGUUAUUGCCUUUGAUCAGCUGGAUAAGAAUAAAAGUGGCCAAAUCACCGUGGAUGACAUCCGAGCAACCUUCGCGCAGUUUGACAUGCCUUUGACCGCUGAGGAGGCUGAGCAGCUUUUGCGCCGUGUUGACCAAGCAGGAAAUCUGAAUAUAGAAUACGGAGAAUGGCGGGAAUUUCUACUUUUCCACCCAGCGGAAAAUCUGCCGAACAUCUUUGAAUUCUGGCGGCACAUAGCGUGUAUUGAUGUUGGUAGUGAUGUGGCCGCUGGAAUUCCGGAGGACUUCCCAACCACUGAAGUGUUGACCCCAGGAAAACAACUCCUACAACUCACCGCUGGUGCAAUCGCUGGUGCGGUGUCUCGCACUUGCACGGCACCUAUUGAUCGCCUAAAACUGAUGCGUCAAGUGUAUGGCUACAAGCAUAAGGGCACAUAUCGUUACAUGCUUCGCGAGGGCGGUCCUUUGUCGUUAUGGCGUGGUAAUGGAAUCAAUAUCCUCAAGAUUGCUCCAGAGACCGCGCUCAAAUAUGGCACAUACGAACACUAUAAGCGCCUGUUAACAAGCGCAGAUACAAGUGGUGGCUGGUUCACAGAUUUGUUUGAUGGCCGGCCACUUUUAGCCAAGUUUGUCGCUGGUUCAAUGGCUGGAUUGACGGCACAGACAAUAAUUUACCCGUUAGAGGUCUUGAAAACACGGAUGUGCUUGCGCAAAACCGGACAGUUUCGUUCCAUCUGGCACUGUGCACACAUCAUUUACACACAGUAUGGCGCACAUGCCUUCUACCGUGGCUAUCUUGUCAAUGUGAUCGGUAUUAUCCCCUAUGCUGGCAUUGAGUUGGCUUUGUAUGAGCGCUGCAAAUCAGCCUAUAUACAACGCUUUAUGACUUCCGACGAUUCCAGCUGCUCUUCGGCCCAAAAACUCCACCCUCCCACCUAUGUUGUCCCUAUAUUCGCCGCUGUAUCCUCGGUUUGUGCGAUUGUGGCCACCUAUCCUGCGUCCCUGGUCCGCGCCAAGCUGCAAGCCACCUACUGGAGCUACAGUACACAGCAGAAAAUCACCGCCAUCAACUUGAUUAGAACAAUCUGGAGAGAUGAUGGAAUCUCCGGUCUUUACCGCGGCAUGCUGACUAACUUGACCAAAGUCAUACCCGCCGUGGGUAUUAGUCUCGCCACAUACGAGGCCCUUCGGCGCGAAUUCAAUCUUGGUCCAUUGGGAUCUGGCUGCUCUUCGGCCCAAAAACUCCACCCUCCCACCUAUGUUGUCCCUAUAUUCGCCGCUGUAUCCUCGGUUUGUGCGAUUGUGGCCACCUAUCCUGCGUCCCUGGUCCGCGCCAAGCUGCAAGCCACCUACUGGAGCUACAGUACACAGCAGAAAAUCACCGCCAUCAACUUGAUUAGAACAAUCUGGAGAGAUGAUGGAAUCUCCGGUCUUUACCGCGGCAUGCUGACUAACUUGACCAAAGUCAUACCCGCCGUGGGUAUUAGUCUCGCCACAUACGAGGCCCUUCGGCGCGAAUUCAAUCUUGGUCCAUUGGGAUCUGGGUGACCGCGUUCCCGCCCCCCCCCCUUACCCGCGCCCACAUACAGUGAAAUCCAUCAAAUCGGCUCAUCUUUUUGUGACCAUACUUCCGAUAUCUGACCUAUUUUCCUAUUCAUUAGCUUCGGUCGUGCCUUGCACGGCCGUUCUAUUUUUAUAAAACAGCUCUGUACAGCACACGAGCACGUAGCUCGGUUAGUAGUGAGGGUGAAAUGCCCUCUCAUCAUACACUUAAUUUCUAUCGUUAUUGUUGUACUUGUUAUGGAUUUUUCUAACCUUGUUUCUCCUCACACGGGCGAAUGAAUGGAAACCCGGUACUGUCUAGUCCCUAUCAAUUCCUCACCACUCCCUAUCGUCUUGUAACUGUACUGCCUACUAUAAAAUCCACACUCGUGUUUCUUUGCGUCAAAACCCAUAUUGCCCUUUAAAAAUUUCGAGUUUAUCAUCACUUGUGUUUCAUGGUCAUGACCGACUUGGCAUGUUGAUAUAACGUACCCCUCCGUGUCUCUCAGCUGGUUAAACUGGUGUACAUUUUCAACCAUAUUCACUUAUCCAUCACUUGUGUUCAGCGGCGCCAACCUCCGAUUUCACGGUCCACCACGCAUACGUGCUUUACUUUUCUAUAAGAGAGCUGAUAGUGUUAUCUAAUCGUUGUGUUUUCCAUCAUCGCCUGGCGAUAAUCUUGGUAAGCGCUGAACGAUCUAACCCUCUGCUUAUCUGGAUCACAUCAGAUGGCUGGUUCGGCGCACUAUCAUUUUUUCUACUGGGCUCCAGCGAAACUAAGGGAAACCACGAUCCGCUCAGCAGUUUUUGUACUGUAACCUUUCAAGAAAG